AGGCCAACCGCCUCCGGGACGGGAGUUGAGCCCUUAACCCUUCCGUGCCGGCAGUGGGGCCGCCGCUGACUCGGAGUCCUGUCCCGUCGGGGCGCUCCAGACACCUCGCGGCGGGGUCUGCGUGCCUCCGCGUCUGCCCGGCACUGGAGCUUCGAGCGGCGGGCAGGAGUGCAGCUCCUCGGCAGGGCGGGAGUGUCUGGCAGGAAGGAUCCCAGAGGGGCAGAUGUUAUUGAGAAAGUGAGACUGUAGGAAAUUCCCAGCCAGACAAUUCUCCCAUCAGGGACCAGUGCUGCUUCACACACCUGCGCCAGUGAUUUGGACCUGCAUAAACAACUCAGGUUAAAUUGAGUAUUUGCACAACACAGCUUCUUGCUGAGGACCACUGUACCAUUUUACACUUAGGAAAAUAUGAGAAUAAGCACGGAGUAUUGUUCUCUCUGAACUAAAAAAAAACCAAAACUGUGCCUUGCUGAGGACAGCUGCAGGAAUCAGACACUUGAAUCAAUGUUAUCGGAUGAGUUAGAAUCCAAACCUGAGCUGCUGGUUCAGUUUGUUCAGAAUACUUCUAUUCCACUGGGGCAGGGGCUGGUGGAAUCGGAACCAAAAGACAUCACCUGUCUUUCUCUCCUUCCUGUUACUGAGACCUCAGAAUGCAACAGACUCAUGUUGCCAGAUGAUGAAAGAGAUCUCACUUCUCCAAGCCACACUAAUUCUUCCAAGGAUGUUUCUUCAUCUGCUGUCUUGAGAAGUCUCCAGGUAAAUGUGGGCCCUGAUGGAGAGGAAACAAGGGCACAGAGUGUACAAAAACCAUCUGAACUUCUGUCAACUUCAGAGACUUCCAGUUUAUUGCAAGACCUCCAGCCCAGUGACAGCACUUCAUUUAUUCUUCUCAACCUAACAAGAGCAGGGUUGGGGUCUCCAGCAGAGCACUUGGUGUUUGUUCAAGAUGAAGCAGAAGAUUCUGGGAAUGACUUUCUCUCUCAUGACAGCACAGACAGCAGUACUCCGUGGUUCCUACGAGUGCAAGAGUUGGCCCAUGACAGUUUAAUUGCUGCCACUCGGGCACAGCUCGCUAAGAAUGCCAAAGCAAGCAAUAAUGGUGAAAAUGUUCAUCUUUGCUCAGGAGAUGGGCAGCCGAAAGACUCCAGCCCCAUUCCUCAUUUAUCUCGCGUGGAAAGGAAGCUGAAGUGCACGGUUGAGGGCUGCGAUCGGACGUUCGUGUGGCCAGCUCACUUCAAGUAUCAUCUGAAAACACACCGGAACGACCGCUCCUUCACCUGCCCAGCAGAAGGCUGUGGAAAAAGUUUCUACGUCUUGCAGAGGCUGAAGGUGCACAUGAGAACUCACAAUGGUGAAAAACCCUUUGUGUGCACGGAGCUGGGCUGUGGGAAACAGUUCACAACAGCUGGAAACCUGAAGAACCACCUACGAAUUCACACUGGGGAAAAACCUUUUCUGUGUGAGGCACAGGGAUGCGGUCGCUCCUUUGCUGAAUACUCCAGCCUUCGGAAACAUUUGGUUGUCCACUCAGGAGUGAAGCCCCAUCAGUGCCAAAUUUGUGGGAAGACGUUUUCCCAGAGUGGUAGCAGAAAUGUGCACAUGAGGAAACAUCACUCCCGAAUUGGAACAGAUGGCAGCAGAGAGCAGGAACAGCCAGAGUCACUGAUGGGCAGCAGUUUGCUGGAAGAAUCUACAGUGCAUAGUAAGAAUCUCAUCUCCAUGAACUCUCAGCCCAGCCUUGGUGUUGAGUCUCUGCACCUGCCAGAUACCGAGUCUAUUAUUGGAGUAGAGGAGGGUGAGACCAGCUGCUCUUUUUUCCGCCCUCUUAUAUGUGGUGACUGAAGUGGGAUCGAUCAUCCCUCGUAGAGGCUCACCAUGUUGCAGCAGGAUGAGUGGACAUUGCUUUAACUGUGCACCGAGUGGGUGGGUAGAUGGAGAAUGAAUCAUAAAACUGGAGUUGGAGAAGACCUACCGGACCAAGCUUCUCUCUUGCAGAGCUUAGAAGGUUAAGUCUGCUGCUUAGGUGUCAUUUAGCCCAUGUCAUGGAACGCCAUUUCCAAACUGUUUAUGCAGUCCAUUCUCCUCAAGCCUAAUACAUCUAUUGCUGGAGUACUUAGGAGCCCCAGUGAAGGGCCAGGACCUCAUUGUGCCAAGCACUGUACAGACAUUCGGUCUCUUGAGCAACAGGCCGUCCUUCCAUCCUUUACCUUCAGAGACUAUAUUCUAAUACAUCUCGCUGUCAGAAGCUGACUUACUAUCUGAAAUAAAUGUACUACUUGAUAUCAUUUAA